GUAAAAAUUCAGAAGCACUUAAUGAGAGCCAAGCCAAGACAAGUUAACUGUUUUUUGCUAAGUUCAUGGAUUACAACCUGGAAAAUUUGGUAAAUCUGAACCAAUUAAUUAUCUUAAUUAAGUUGCCCAAUUAGAGAAGGUCUUUCUGGUAAUCAAAUGAUCAUUCAGGCAUUGGUUAGGGAACAGUCUUACUUUAUCAGCACUCUAAAGUUAAGGUCGACCAAAAACAAAGCGGAGGAGACCAUUUAAAUUCUACAUUAAAUCCAUCAAAUUUUAAUUAAUUUCACUAAUUAAUCAUAACCCCUUUGCCCAAUCUUCCUAUAUAUUAAUCAUAACCCUCCCAAUCUUCCCUUAUAUUUUAAGCAUCAUUUCUCCUCUUCAUAUUCACUUCACUUGCUUUGCUUUUUUCUCCACACUAUGAGAACCUCUUAUCUUCCUUCAUGUGCUUCAAUGGCUGCUUUGCUCUUUGGUUUUUGUCUGGUUUCUCUAUUGCCAGAGCUUGCAGCAGGCAUAACAAGACACUAUACUUUCAAUAUCAUGUACCAAAAUGUGACAAGAUUGUGCCACACAAGGAGCAUUAUCAGUGUGAAUGGGCAAUUUCCAGGGCCUCGGCUGGUGGCGCGAGAAGGUGAUCGAGUCAUCGUUAAAGUGGUUAAUCAUGUAUCAAACAAUGUCACCAUUCACUGGCAUGGAGUUAGGCAGCUGACAUCCGGAUGGGCUGAUGGACCUGCAUAUAUAACACAAUGCCCCAUUCAGACUGGCCAAUCCUACACUUAUAAUUUCACCAUUAUUGGACAGAGAGGAACUUUGUUAUGGCAUGCUCAUGUUUCAUGGCUGCGAGCAACGCUCUAUGGACCCAUCAUCAUCUACCCAAAGCACAAUGAAUCCUACCCAUUUCCGAAACCCCACAGGGAAAUCCCCAUACUUUUUGGAGAAUGGUUCAAUGUAGACCCGGAAGCUAUCAUUACCCAAGCUCUGCAAACUGGAGCAGGGCCAAAUGUUUCUGAUGCAUACACAAUUAAUGGUCUUCCGGGGCCACUUUACAACUGCUCUUCUCAAGAUACAUUCAAGCUGAAAGUGAAGCCUGGAAAAACCUAUCUUCUAAGACUGAUCAACGCUGCACUCAACGACGAGCUCUUCUUCAGCAUUGCUAAUCACAGUGUCACCAUCGUUGAAGCUGACGCCAUUUAUGUCAAACCUUUCAACACAGACAAGCUCCUCAUAAGUCCAGGCCAAACCACAAACGUUCUUCUGAAAACCAAGCCAUAUUUUCCCAAUGCCACCUUCCUCAUGGAGGCCAGGCCUUACUUCACCGGAAUGGGCACAAUUGACAAUUCCACCACUGCCGGAAUCCUCCAAUACAAGCCACCAUCAAAUCUCUCAUCCUCCAAAAAUUUACCUCUAUUCAAACCAACUCUCCCUCCUAUAAAUGCCACUAGCUUUGUAGCCAACUUCACCAGCAAAUUUCGUAGCUUAGCUAAUGCUAAGUACCCUGCCAAUGUUCCUUUAAAAGUGGACAAGAAAUUUUUCUUCGCAUUGGGACUUGGGACAAAUCCAUGUCCCAAAAACACAACUUGCCAAGGACCAACUAAUACAACCAAAUUUGCAGCUUCUGUUAACAAUGUGUCAUUUCUCUUGCCUUCUACAGCUAUUCUCCAAGCUUACUUCUUUGGACAAAACAAUGGUGUAUACACUACAGAUUUUCCCGUUAAUCCUCCGACUCCGUUCAACUACACGGGGAUGCCACCGAAUAACACUAAUAUAAGCAAUGGCACAAGCACUGUGGUUUUGCCUUUCAACACAAGCGUGGAGCUGGUGAUGCAGGGCACUAGUAUUGUCAGUGCUGAGAGUCACCCUCUUCAUCUCCACGGGUUCAACUUCUUCGUCGUUGGAAUUGGUUCUGGAAACUAUGAUCCUAAUAAGGAUCCUAAAAACUUCAAUUUAGUUGAUCCGGUGGAGAGAAAUACUGCUGGUGUUCCUGCCGGUGGUUGGAUUGCCAUUCGCUUCUUCGCCGAUAACCCAGGGGUGUGGUUCAUGCACUGCCAUUUGGAUGUACACACAAGCUGGGGACUGAAGAUGGCCUGGAUAGUUUUAGACGGGCCACUACCGAAUCAGAAGCUACCACCGCCGCCGUCUGAUCUUCCCAAGUGUUGAUCUUCUUAAGGCUCGACUGACCAUUACUGGUCCAAACCGGCAAAAUCUUUUUCUGAGUGUUUUUACAUCAUAAAUCCCUUUUUCUUAACUUAAUGACUCUGUAAUUAUUUUUUGUGUGCGCUUCGUUAAUAAGAAAUGAGAAAGCUUUUUAUGCCUGA